GCUACAUAGCGGUUUCGACUGCUGCAGAAAAACUAGAUUUUAAUUUGUUGUUUCGGUAUAUUUUGGUGCAAAAUGGAUAAUUCAGGCAAGGAGAAAGAAGCAGUUCAGCUCAUGGCUGACGCAGAGAAGAAAGUUAAAUCCUCCGGCUCGUUUUUAGGAGGAAUGUUUGGAGGGAAUCACAAAUUAGAGGAAGCCUGUGAGAUGUAUGCCAGAGCGGCCAACAUGUUCAAGAUGGCUAAAAAUUGGUCUGCUGCUGGGAAUGCUUUUUGCCAGGCUGCCAGACUGCACAUGCAGCUCCAAAACAAACAUGAUUCAGCCACCAGCUUUGUUGACGCCGGAAAUGCUUACAAAAAGGCUGAUCCACAGGAGGCUAUCAACUGCUUAAAUGCAGCCAUCGAUAUUUACACAGAUAUGGGCCGAUUUACUAUUGCUGCUAAACACCACAUCACAAUCGCUGAAGUAUAUGAGUCAGAACUAGUCGACAUUGAGAAGGCUAUCGCCCAUUAUGAACAAGCAGCGGACUAUUACAAAGGCGAGGAGUCUAACAGCUCUGCAAAUAAAUGUCUUCUGAAAGUUGCUUCGUACAGCGCACAGAUAGAACAGUAUCAGAAAGCUAUCGAGAUCUAUGAACAGGUUGGAACAAACACAAUGGACAACCCCUUACUGAAAUACAGUGCCAAAGAAUACUUCUUCAAAGCCUCCCUAUGCCACUUCAUUGUAGAUGAACUAAAUGCAAAGCUUGCUGUUGAGAAGUACGAGGAGAUGUUUCCAGCAUUUUCAGAUUCAAGAGAGUGCAAACUUGUAAAGAAACUUCUGGAGGCUCGUGAAGAGCAGAACGCAGAGGCUUUUACAGAAGCUGUAAAGGAGUUUGACUCGAUCUCUCGUCUGGACCAGUGGCUGACCACCAUGCUUCUGCGCAUUAAGAAGACCAUUCAGGGUGAUGAGGGUGACUUAAAGUGAGGUGUUGAACUGGGGGGAAACCAUCUGAGGAAUGGCACCCACUCCCCAACACCAUUUCAUACCAUUUCUGUUUAAUAGCUAGGUCCAGAUUUCCUAGUACAGUAUAUAAGAUUUAUUGUUGCAGCAUUUAAACCUUGCUUAUAUUGAGUUCUCAGUUGGUUUAAUAGAACUCAUUUAGUUUUCAGACAUUAGACCUGAUUCAAAUAACUACAUUUCAGAUCUGUUUUAAAAUCAUGUGAAAUCAUGUUGUGUGGCUCAUUGGAUUGCUAGUGCUUAUGAUUAUAGAAGAUAGACGCAUGCUCACCUGUGUAAUGGGCAUUUGGGAUUUGGAAUAUUAAUUACACUUUAGUUGUAGUUGUAGCAACCUGGGAAAAAAAAGUCACACGUAAUGAAGCUAUACUUUAAAGGUGUUAGAAGUAAAAAUGAGCUUUUCAGUGACUUAAUAAGAAUAACUUCCUAUAACCUAACAGAUGAUGGUAUAGGCCCAUGUGUGUGGUUGUAUUUUUAACAAACCUGCCAAAGGUUAGAUAUAGAUAACGUAUUACAAAGCUUGUCAUGGUUAUGAAACAUUAAAGGCUGAUUGUCAUGGAGACAGUUGCAACUGACAGUCUGUUGACUGUGUGUUUCUUAAUCAUAACACCAGUGUAUUAAUGCACAUACAGUACAGAAGUAUAAAUCACAGCUCUAAAUUGGUUUAAUAAAUAAUUAGCACAGGUCGGAGUGUUAGUACUCCACGGCAACCUAAAACUUAGGAACCUGGGUUUGAUCCUCACAUACUCACCUGUGUAAUGGGCAUUUGGGAUUUAGCAUCCUGUGGAAAAAAUGGUUAAUAAGUCUCAGCUCUAAAUUGGUUUAAUAAAAUAAUUAGCACAGGUCAGAGUGUUAGUACUCCACGGCAACCUAAAACUUAGGAACCUGGGUUUGAUCCUCACCCCUAAUCACUUUUGCAUCAUGUUCUCUUCUCAUUCCCAUUUACAUUUCCGCAUUACAAAAAGUGACUUACAGUUGUGAACAUACAAUUCUACAAUAAAAAUCACAAUAAGCUCAGAUAAUUGAUGACUAGAUCAUAAUGUAAUGAUUGUGACAAGCCUAAGUAUCACAUUACCCACAAUCCCAAUGUGAAACCCGUUACGUCUUUGUAAUUUCAAAUUACUCUUUCAUUUGGCUAGUCAAGCUAGUUAGAAAAUUAAUCAGGCUAAAAUAAUAAAAUCUAGAAUGAUUUUUCUUAUCUGGAAUGUAAGUACUUUUCUCUAAAUAUUCUCUUUGUUGCCACCAGAAACUACAUGGUAAUCUAUUUAUGCAUGUGACUUCAUUGUCAUUUUUUUGUUUUUGCUUUAAAUUAAUUCCAAAAUGUAAUGUAAUGAACCCACGUUCAUUUUGUUAAUGUAAUGUCUGAGAAGGUAAAUGAGAAAUUUCUUUAUGGGAGCAGAGUAAUUAAAAAAGUUUAAACUGUU